AUGAUCAAACACGUUUUCUUGACAGGACAGCCAGGUGUGGGAAAGAGCACUCUGGUGCAGAAAGCCUGUGAGUCUUUGGUGUCAUCAGGAACAACAGUGGAAGAGGGGUCACCUGUCCCGAAUACGAGACAUGGCUGGUCCAUCUCAUCUCAUGGUGCUCAGGAAUACACGGUGGGGCAGUAUGUGGUCGAUUUGUCUUCUUUUGAAAACCUGGUCCUUCCCCUCUUCAGAAAUCUGGACUCAGGAGGAUCGACCAAAAAGGUCUUUGUUGUGGAUGAGUUCGGUAAAAUGGAGCUGUUCAGCCAGUCGUUCAUCAGAGCCGUGAGACAGACUCUGGACCAGUCCUGCUGCACCGUGCUGGGGACCAUCCCUGUCCUCAAGCACAAACCUCUGGCUCUGGUGGAAGAGGUGCGAGGCCGGAGCGACGUCAAGGUCUUCACUAUUACUAAAGAGAACCGUGACUCCAUCCUCCGUCUGAACGUCUUGCCCACCGUGAGCAAAUGCCUGAAGCAGAUGUGA